AUGGAAAGAGCUGGGAAAGGAGGAGGAGGAGGCAGGAAUGCAGGAGGGGGUUCUGGUGUCAGCAGAAGCAGCCUUUAUCCCCAGGCCCAGCAGCAGUCCCAGUGUCCGCACUACCCGCCACCUGCAGGCACUGCCGUCUGCCAAACUGGGGCCACUGUGGAAAUCCAGGAGCUGGCCUCAAAGCGGGUGGACAUCCAAAAGAAGAGGUUCUACCUUGAUGUCAAGCAGAGUCCCCGGGGCAGAUUCCUCAAGAUUGCUGAGGUCUGGAUAGGCAGGGGGCGUCAGGACAAUAUCCGUAAAAGCAAACUGACCCUCUCGCUGUCUGUGGCAGCAGAGCUGAAGGAGUGCCUAGGGGAUUUCAUUGAGCACUAUGCCCACCUGGGCCUGAAAGCCCACCGGCCAGAACAUGGCCAUGACCAAGAACAUGAUGCCAGGAGACGACCACAGUCCUCAGCACCAUCGCCCCCAACCUCUGUAGUGUCUGAAGAACACCCUCACAGCGUGCUCAAGACAGACUACAUUGAAAGAGACAAUAGGAAAUACUAUCUAGAUUUGAAGGAAAACCAGCGGGGCAGAUUCCUCAGGAUUAGGCAGACUCUGACCAGAGGCCCUGGAGGCAUGGGUUACUUUGGUCACACCUUGGGCCAAGAACAAACAAUCGUCCUCCCAGCCCAGGGAAUGAUUGAGUUCAGAGAUGCCUUGGUCCAACUCAUUGAAGACUAUGGCAAUGGUGACCUGGAAGAACCACAAAGAGGUGGGGAAGAGGAACCCAUAGAGCUCCCCGAGGGCACAUCCUUCAGGGUGGACAACAAGAGGUUCUACUUUGAUGUGGGCUCCAAUCGCUAUGGGGUUUUCCUCAAGGCUGAAUCCCCAGCACCCAGCAGUGGAGAAGGUGGCACUCGAGGGAAUGUCAUGGAAAGCCCAGCUUCUUCCUGAAGCCCUGGAUGAGCACUCUCUUUGCCCUGAAUGCAGGAAGAAUUGAAAAAAAGAAUUCCUCCUCUCGAAAGCAGUUGAUGGUGACUUUAGCAGAA